AUGGAGCGGCUGCCUUUCUUGGUUCUCUUCUUGCAGGUCCAGGGGCCGGGGAUCGGGACAUGUGCCUCUGAGCUGGACCCCAAUGGGAAGCAUGUCUGCAGGUCAGACAGCCACAUCCAAGUCCUCACCUGUUGCCCUGGCUGGAAGCAAGAAGGCCAAGAGUGCACAGUCGCUCUAUGUGAAGGAGCCGCUGCCUGCCAAGAUGAGGAGGUGUGUGUGCGACCUGGUCUUUGCCGCUGCAAGCCUGGCUUCUUUGGAGCCAACUGUAAUACACGCUGCCCUGACGAAUACUGGGGGCCCGACUGCAAAGAGAGCUGCCUUUGCCAUCCCUAUGGGAAGUGUGACCCAGCCAGCGGAGAAUGCUCCUGCCACCCUGGCCGAUGGGGGGCGCUCUGCCAGUUCACCUGCCAGUGUGGGCCCAACGGCCACUGCAACCCCGUCACGGGUGCCUGCCGCUGCAAGCCAGGCUGGUGGGCACCGGACUGCAAGAGGCAGUGCCAAUGCAACCUGGGGGGUUCUCGCUGCGAUCCUGCGACCGGCCGCUGCCUCUGCGACCCAGGGUGGUGGGGCAGGAAGUGCUCCUCUACCUGCCACUGCAGCCACUCGCCCUGCGCCCAGGAGUCCGGCCGGUGUGAGUGCAGGGCCGGGACGUGGGGGGCAUCCUGCCAACACCAGUGCCAGUGCCUGCGUGGGACCUGCAGCCCCCUAGAUGGACAGUGCGCCUGUGAUGCUGGCUACCAGGGCCAGAGGUGUACGGACCCCUGUCCUGCCGGGACCUUUGGGCCACAGUGCAGAUACAGCUGCGGCCACUGCAAGCAGAGACAGCCCUGCUCUCCAGUAGAUGGCUUUUGCCUGGCCUGUGACGCUGGCUGGAAUGGGACCCGCUGCAACCAGCCCUGCCCGCCAGGGCGCUAUGGGGAAAACUGUGCCCAGCUCUGCCCCCGCUGCUACCAAGGGGAAACUUGUCACCCCCAAACAGGGGAAUGCCAGAACUGUGAACCGGGCCUGCGAGGUGCCAGGUGUGACCGGCCCUGUCCACCGGGCUUGUUUGGGAAGGGCUGCCGCCUUGUCUGUCCGAGCUGCUUCAAUGGGAGCUGUGAUCCAGUGUCUGGGACGUGUGUGUGCAAGGCUGGGUACUGGGGCACCAGCUGCAACCAGACCUGCCCGGAAGGAUUUUAUGGGUCUAACUGCUCCGAGAUCUGCCGGUGCCCUGGGAAACUGUGCCACCCCUCUUCUGGGGACUGUCAGUGGGGAGGCCAGAGACGAGAAGUCCUUCUAGCGGGCAUCCUGGCCCCGCUGGUGGUGGUGCUGCUGCUUGUCUGCAUUUGCUGCUGCUUCUGCUGCCGGUCAGCUCCAGUGGCCACCCACGACAGGGUGACAGCUGCUGAUGGGGACCCAGUCUCCCAGGUGAAGCACCACAUGCAGGGGGCGCUGGCCAACCUCCGCUCCACCUUCCCCUGCUUCUCUUUGGGGGGCUACAAGCUUCCACGGGUGACAGUCUCCCACCACGAUGCAGAGAUCCCCUUCACCCCCAGCUUCCUCGAACCCCCGUCUGCGGCCUGGCCCAUUGACAGCUCUUUCUCUGACAUGGACACAGAUGAGGACGAAGCUCCAGCCUGCCACCACCCUACCAGUGAAGCUCCAGACUCUGAGCCACAGCUGGGCCUCCUCCCUGAGGUGCCAGCCUUGAAUCUGGAGCCCUUUGCCAUCCCUCGCACGUCCAGCAUCGCCAAGGCCAAGAGGCCCUCCGUGUCCUUUGCCGAAGGCACCUGCUUUGGCCCCCAGAGUCCCAGAGGCUCCACAGAAACGGUCCACCUCGCACAGAAGCCAAAGGCAGCCCGGGGCUUCUCCCAAGUCGCCUUGCUCCACCAGCCUGCCCUGGGCCGUGAAGAGGACAAUUCGCCCGAGUGCUGCUACGAGAACUUGGAGGCUGCCUCAUGGAUGGAAGAGGGCCACAAGCCCUCGCCGCGGAGCACCCCGGGGGGCCACAGGAAACGAAUCUCCGGCUCCCGGAACGUGGCCCAGCGCGUGGAAGCCCUGGAGGCCGCCUUGUCCGCUCAGGGCAGAGAGCCGAGCAUCACCACCAUUUAUGUGAUGGUGGGCAAAGGCCCAGAGCAACAGCCGGGGAGCCUGCAGAGGGAGGGGCCCAAGCUCGGGCAAAGCAUUGAGGGCCUCCAGGUGCCCCGCAAGAGGAACCCAGACUCAGACAGAGGUACUAGGGGGCAGCAAUCCCCAGGCAAGCCUGACCUAGAAUCCAAGUCUACCGAGGCUGAGGCCCAAGGCCUUCUGGGAAGACGGCCUGCUCUUCCCUGCGAGGAGGCUGGACAGAAUCAGGGUCAUAGCCAAAGCCACAGCCAGCCAAAGAUGGAAACUGGAGAAGACGUCUCCAAAGAGGAGUCCCACGAGCCAAAGUAUGAGAACGUCUCUGGGUUGGUCCAGCUUCCCAUCGCAACCUAA